AUGGAAUACCGUUAUUCAGAACGCAUCGAUCCAAAGACGUACGAGACUCAUGGUCUCUGCGAUGGCAUUGAGCUUCGCAUACAUAAAGAUCCUCAUGGAGAAAUCAAAGGUGCUUUACGAUGCCAGCAUGACUGGGCCAAGCUGGUAGCACCAGUCAAUCAACCUUUCUGGGGAACACUGGGUGAUCCUUACAGCUUUAUUCGAGUGUCCAUUCCGGAGACACUUCCUGAGAGGCUUGAGAUUCUAUCAUACGCCAAUGAAUUUGCCUUCAUAUAUGAUGAUGCAAUUACAGAAGACAUCGAUCAGAAACUGGAGUCAACCAAUCGCCGCGAGAUUCUCGAUGAGUUUGGAUCGAGUAGCUUUACAUUGGAACGGCAAAAAGACACUGCUAACCGUCACCAACAAGAUGCAGCACUUCGGCGAGAAGGCGUCAAGCAAAUCCAAGGACAGAUCUUCAAAGAAAUGCUAGCAAUCGACAAGGAGCGAGCAAUGACUACCAUGAAAAAUUGGCAGAAAUUCAUCCAAGUUCAGAGCAGCCGAAAGCGCUCGGAGCCGUUUUCAGGGUUGGAUGAAUAUUUACCUUAUCGUAUAAGUGACGCAGGAGAGCUGUUUUGGUUUGGCAUGAUCACAUUCGGUAUGGGUCUAACGAUUCCGGAUCAUGAAAUGAGCCUUUGCAAAGAGCUAGACCGUCCUGCCUGGGAAGCUCUAGCACUGACCAACGAUCUUUACUCGUGGGAAAAGGAGCGGGACGAUGCGGCGAAGGCCGGAGAAUCGCUUGUCGUCAACGCAAUCUGGGUUUUGAUGGAAGAAUAUUCCCUUACAGAGCCCGAAGCGAAAGAUCUCUGUCGACAAAGGAUCAAGGAAUCCGUUUCCCGUGCAGUCAAAAUUGCCGCGGACACUAAGAAACGAAUGGAUUUGUCAUUGGACUUGCGACAAUACACCGAUGCUAUCACGUAUAGUGUCAGUGGAAACCUUGUCUGGAGCAUAUAUUGUCCACGCUAUAAUCCAGAGGAAGUGGAGCGAAAUAAUAUCUUUCUUUCACAUUAUAUCCGGAAUGAGAGUCUAGACCAGCAAGAUCCGCUCAAUCAGCAGCCACAGAAUAACGAUGCAAACCCGAAGAGCUACAACCACAUCGGCAGCAAGUAUCCAUCGAGUGCCUCAAGCAGUCCGUCUUCUUUCCACGUGCGGCAGAAGUCAGAUUUGGUGAACGUCGCAGUCGGCGGCGAACCGCUGCGUUAG